AUGGCAAAAGGCAGCAAGCGGCCCAAGACCCAGCGAGGACUAAACAAGUCUACUGGCUUUGAAGAAUACAAUGCCGAUGGUCCACUCACCCCAGCUGAGCACGACGAGCUGUCCCUGCUUUACAAUCCUCGAUUCGAAGAUGCCCUUAUGCGUUUCCAACACAAGCGCCGGAUUCUUCCUGACAGAUUGAACGUUUUUCACAAGUAUUUGGAGUACGGCGGUGUCAGUGCUGGUCCCAAUUAUGGCACCGGUGUGAGCGCCAAAGAGGUAAAGGGAAUGACCGAUGAGGAAGCCAUGCAAGCUCGAACUCAGACUGCUGUUGAAAAGUCCCGAGAGGGCCUGAAGCUGGAUAUCAGCUUCAACGAAGUUGCCAAGGGUUUCCUUGGCUCGUUCUUUGUCAGUCACUUCAAUCCCGAGCGUCGAGAGGACAUUGACCUUGCGACGGUUACGUUGAGAAACUUUUACACAUAUCUUCUCUACCAUGACGUUUGUCCCGAAUAUAAGGAUGACCUCGAACAGGCGCGAAAGACCUGCGACCUCGCUGCCAUUGAACUUUUGAAGACCAUGCAGCUCGUUCACAAGGCCCCAGGGGCCUUCAAUCGAUGCUGCUCAAUGCUGUUCGGGGGAUACCAUUUUGCUUCCGAGUGGGAAAGCACCCCAGUUGAUGGCCUAAAGAGUGGAAUCGAGAAAUCUGACCAGAUUGCUCGUAAAGUGGUCAAGUAUGCGAUUGCAGGAGCCGGUUCCAACGAGCAAGCUUCCCGAUUCCAGGAGUUGGUCCACCAGAACUCCAUUUCUACUAUGAAGCUCGAGGACAUUGACGGCUUUGAGAUCCUUGAAGUGAUCCAGCCCGACGAUGCCACCUGCGAAUUUUAUCAGCAAAGCGCACCGGAUCUGGUUCCCGUGGGUAAGAUUCGUGCCAAGUCUUACCGUGACCCUGCAAAUCCAGACAUCGACAUGUCCCCGGAUGAACGUGCGGAGUGGGACAAAGGCAAUGGACCGGCUUAUGACUUGGAAUUCUUCCUUGAACCUGAACUUCUUGAGCUCUGCUACCCUGGGCUGAAGAUCAUCACAGGUAUCUGGGAAAUCAACUGUGGUGUCUACUACUUCGACGAGAUCAUGUCGACAUUGCCCUCGUUCUACACCCUGAUCGCAAAUGAUCUCAUGAUGCACUGGAGAUGGCCACAGGAGUUGUCAAAGGAGGAUAAGAAACAGGAUGAUGCCAUAGAACAAUCUGCCAGGGAGGCAGUGGACCAGUAUCUGAAGGCCAAUGAUCCGAAAAACCCUAGUGACAGUACCGUCGUGGCGGGCGUCUCUGAAAAGGUCCUGGAGAAAUGCAAGGAAAUGACUGACAUAAAGAAUCUGAAACUAGCAGGUCCACCAAAGGAAAAGACUGGGAUGGAGGAAUCCGACUCGGACGAUGAUGAGCUCUAG